AUGGUGCAAGUUUUUCUUCCUAUUCCAGAUUGUGAUCAUGGUUUCUAUGGAAGUGAUUGCACGUCAAACUGUUCACCAAAUUGUUCUCACACUGGUUUUAUCUGCAACUUCACUGAGGGGCAUUGUUUGAUUUGUGAGCCUGGUUUCUAUGGCUUCAAUUGUACCACGCUUUGUUCAGCAAACUGUAAAGAUUCAGUCUGUGAUAUCAAAAAUGGUAUUUGUAUAAGUUGUAAGGCUGGCUUCCAAGGUGAUAAGUGUGAUGAAGGUUAGUAAACCGAUGCAUACAAUCAAUCCACACAACUAGUGUUAAGCUUCAUUGCAAAGAGAAAUAAGAAAAAAAGUAAAACAUUUCUUCAAUACCGUAAUUCAUUAACAUGGCUUAUAUUUUUUUAUAGCUUUAAUUUUUUUUAACCUCUUGUUUAAAUCUAUUUGAAAUCAUGGAUGGACACGAAUGUUUGUUUUAAAGAUAGAUAUGUUAAGUGAUUGUGAAAUUUAUUUUAUAUUCAUAGCAUGCAGUAGCUCCACCUAUGGUGAAAGUUGCAAAGCCACUUGUAGUUCUAACUGUAACACAAAUUCAAAGGCAGUUCGACUCUGUGACAUUGAAAAUGGCCGUUGUUUUAAUGGAUGUCGAAGUGGAUUUCAGGGACUUGAUUGUACUACAUGUGAGUUGAUUUAA